AAGCUUUUAAAACACCUUGUGGUGUUACUGUCACUAUGACUACCUAAAAGCUGGUAUAAAAACCUCUUUGAGUGUUGGUUCUUAUCGCUUAUACAAGAGUGCAGGGUGCUGUAAACAAGGGGACGUGGAGACAACCAGCACGCGGCUGGAUCACAUGGAAACAAUCACCACUUGGCGAGCUUCGCUCGGGUAGUGUUGAUGGUGAGGAGGUGGCCGUCACUCCGACCAACAACACCCAACAAGCUGUAAAUAUGGACCCUCUGGAGGAGUACCAUUCCCCGUUUGACUUUGAGCAAGGGGUCAACGCCAGCUACCUGUACCUCUCCCCGUCUUACAGCGACACACCGCCCAGCUCACCAGCCGUCAAAGCGAAAGGUUCCCAGGAGCAGCCAGACUCGGUCCCAGAGAUGGGAGAGGACGCUGUAACGUCUGUCGGCCCGUCUCCUCCUCCUCCGCCCGCCAUGACCGAGGAAGAGCGUCAGGAGCUACAAGAGGAGCUGGACAAGGUUGAAGAUGAGAUCCAGACUCUGUCCCAGGUGCUGGCGGCCAAAGAGAAGAGGAUGGCGGACAUCAAGAGGAAGCUGGGCAUUACACCUCUCAAUGAGCUGAAACAGAACAUCACCAAAACCUGGCAAGAGGUCACCACCUCCACCGCCUAUAAAAGGACAUCUGAAACUCUGUCCCAGGCGGGUCUGAAAGCCACCGCAGCCUUCACCAACAUGGGCUCGGCCAUCAGUCGGAAGUUCGACGAUGUCAGGAACGCUCAAACGUUCAAGACACUGGAGGAGAGAGUUGAGACGUUGAAGACCAAAAUGAGUCCCUCGCCCCCCGCCAGUGAAGGCAGCGACGACAGGAACCCGGACGGCUGCGACGCUCCGACCGCCGAGUCUUUGAGCAGUCAGCCGGACGACCCCCCCACCCAGGACCCGCUGAUGCACUGAGGCCUCCUGACCCCUCUUGACCUCCCUCCUCCCUCGUCUGACCCCGGUGCCCCCUAACCCCCGCCCUCCCCGCCCUGAACUCUUGUGCGCCAGUCGCCCUUUAUUGGAAACAAAUGACUCGCCAGCCUCCAUGUGAUCUAAUUGUCCCAUCGCUUCUUCUGACACGUGCACCCAAUUGUUGGCUUUUUGGAAGCUGAAAGCACCGAUGGCUUCAGACACGUGGUUUCGUGCAGGUCGUGUGUUCAGGCUCAUUGUGAAAGAUCCCCCCCCCCCCCUCACCGUGUUGUAUCUUCUUCUUCUUCUUCCCAUUUUAAGAUUUGCACUCCUCGUUUCUCUGCCUCGGACGCCAAACAUGCUCCAAUCUAGUUUUUCUUCAUCAACUGAAUACUGGUUUGACUGUAGAAACUUGCACAAUUAUGUUAAAAAAUAAAAGAAAAAAAAGAAAAAGCUUUUUCAGAGAAGGAUUUACGCUUUACAUUUUCUUUGUGUCUAGAUCAGCAGCGUUUGCAUAUAUAUCUAAAUUAUAUGUCGGAGUUAUUGUUAUUAAACACAUGUUCUGUG